AUGAGCUGGAGACAAGUUGAUUGUAAGGCUCAAUUUUACUGUCUUGAAAAUCACAUUGUAGCAAAGCGUACUAAUCGACGCAAAGGCCACAUCAACAACCUGUACAAUACCACAUUUUGGAGCAUGGUGCUAAAGGGUGGGAUGAGAAACCAGGAUGCAGAGCAAGAAUUGAAGGUAAAAUAUACUGACUAUUCGCUCAAUCUUUUGUUCAACCUUUAUGGUUCGGAGUUCUUAAUGCUGAACGUACAUCAACAGGGGACUGUAUCAUCCGAUAAAAAUGAGAUCCUUUUUUCGAGGUAUGGGAUCAACUAUAACAACGAACCCGAAAUAUUCAAGAGGGGAGCGUUUUGUUCCGAGAUGUGA